AUGACUGAACAAGCUGACGAAAACGACAACAAAAUAACUGAGUGCACCUUUCCACCUGGGAGCAGGCGCGUGGAAUAUGAAGACCUGGAUCCCGCCCAAAAAGAACUCGAGGAUAUCUUGGCCACUAUGAAGCAUGACCCAACGGGCAUGGGCAUAAGCCAUCUCGGCCGAGACGGAAUCCACCGAUCCCUCACUGCUGAUCGCGAUGUUGUCGAUGCAGUUCCUUUCCCACCACCUCUCAUCAAGGCAAUGCUUGAUCGCUUGCCAUACAGCGAGGAAGCAGUCAAGGUAUUCCGCGGAGUCGAUGGGACAAAGACGCCGAAAGAACAGUGGUACAAGCCUUUGCCAGGAACCUUGCCUCCCCCGCUUGAGGAAAAACAUCGCGAGGAGGCGAAGAAUGGGCAGGAAGACUAUAGGAAAUGGUAUGGGGAGAGGAUGAAAAAGGUUGAAGCGGGCAUUUUUGAGAGGAGAGCGGUUUGUUUGAUGUCGGAUCAUGACCUCGGCCCAGAGGCUAUGAGUACAAAGUAA